UUCUCGUGAACUCCUCUUCAAAUGAAACAAAUAUUGUCUGGUUGUUGAGAUUUGGAGUGAUGUGCUCGAAUCUCAACAGUUGGCCAUGUAAAUAACAUACUCCUCCAAAUGACUUAACAUGAAUCUAGUAAAUUGUAAGUUAUUCCCUCAUCAAAUAAUUCCUAAACAACAAAACGUUGAGUAAUGUUAAAUCCCCAGAUGUUCAGAUUUUUUCCCCCAAUAUCAUUCCGAUUGAAGUUUUCUCCUUUCAUUUUUUAUUUUAUAAUUUUCUGACUGCUUCAACCCCCAUCCAAUAGAUUUAAAAUCCAUUUCCCCUUCCACCCCCCAUCCUUUCAUUUCAAACCCCCAACACCCCAUCUUUCUUCACAGAGCCAUGGUGAAUCUCCGCCAUUUCUGCUGCGUUUCUCGCAAGAACAAUCAUGAAGACGGCGGCCACCGUUCAUGCCACUCAAGAACUUCGUCUAGCAGCUGCUUCACUGAUAGCCCGUGGGAAGUCUUCACCCUCCUACCCGCCACCAAUAACUUCAGCGAGGCCAGCAAGCUCGGCGAGGGUGGCUUCGGUACCGUCUACUGGGGCCGCACUCCCGCCGGCGGCGAGAUAGCGGUGAAGAGAUUGAAGACGAUGACUCCGAAAGCGGAGAUGGAGUUUGCGGUGGAGGUGGAGGUUUUGGGCAGAGUUAUGCAUAAGAAUCUAUUGAGUCUCCGGGGCUAUUUCGCCGGCGGAAACGAGAGGCUAAUUGUUUAUGAUUAUAUGCCUAAUCGGAGCCUGCUCGGCCACCUGCACGGCCACCGCGCGCAUGAUAUACUUCUCGAUUGGCGCACUCGCCUCCGCAUAGCCAUCGGCUCUGCUUCGGGGAUUGCGUAUCUGCACCACGAGGCGAGUCCACACAUAAUCCACAGAGAUAUAAAGGCGAGCAACGUGCUCCUGGACAGCAAAUUGCGGCCAAAAGUGGCGGAUUUCGGGUUCGCGAAGCUGAUUCCGGAGGGGGUGAGUCACCUGACCACACGUGUGAAAGGCACGCUGGGGUACCUGGCGCCGGAAUACGCCAUGUGGGGGAGGGUGUCAGAGAGCUGCGAUGUGUAUAGCUUCGGAAUACUUCUCCUGGAAAUCGUGAGCGCUCGGCGGCCGAUAGAGAAGCUGGCCGGCGGCGCGAAGAGGGAUAUAGUACAGUGGGCGUUGCCGCUGGCGGAGAGCGGAAACUGGGAGCAGAUUGCGGAUCCGAGAUUGAAUGGUAAGUAUGAUGCCGUGCAGCUAAGGAAUUUGGUUGUUGUGGCGAUUAAGUGUACCGACGGGUGUCCGGAGAACCGGCCGGAGAUGAGGGAGGUGGUGCGGAUGCUUCGGGUCGGUGUCGGGUCGAUGCGGGUGAAGGAGGUGGGCGAGGUGGAGGAGGAGAAGGAGAAGGUGGUGGUAAUGGGGAAGGCGGAGAAGGAGGAGAAGGAGAAGGAGGAGGAGGAGGCGAUGAUGAUGACUGAGCCGUCUGAUUAUUUCUGUAUUAGGAACAAGAAUGAGUCGAUGAUGAUGAUGAGAUGAUGGACAUGAAAAUUGAUGUUGGCUACAAGGGAAAAAGAUGAUAAUAGUAGUUUAGUUUUGUAUUUAAAUAAAUUUAAGAUUUUGAGUAAUUGGGUUAACGGAGAGGCACGUAAGUUGAUGAUUAGAUCAAAAAUGAAAUUAAAAUGAUGAACAUGUAAAAAAAAAGGAU